AUGGGAGGUGCUAUGCCAAUACAACACGUACAACAUUUGAGGUUUCUAGAUCCCAGAUCUGCCGAACCCCAUUUACAAUGCUGGCAUUGCAGUUCAGAUACCCAUGGAUCUGAAGACUUUUGUGGCAAUGAAUUCAAGGAAAGCAAUAUACCCGAUUCAUUAAAGGAACGCAAUAGUGUGGUACGCAGUUGCAACAGUACCAUCAAUUCUGAACAUGAAAGAGCCGUCUGUCGCAAAACCAUUGAAGAAAUUAAUGGCAAACAGGUGGUUAAACGUUUCUGUUACUACACCAAUAAAUCAGAUACUUUGGAUCAUUGCCGAAACGAACCUACCGAAAAGAAUGUUCAUCGGGUCUUUUGUGAGGACUGUCUAACCGAUAAGUGUAACAAUGCAUUUAAAUUCGAUAUUUCAUGGAGUAUUCUCUUCAGCGCCACUUUGCUGACAUUAUUCUUAGCCAUAAAAACUAAAAGAGUUUAAAUUUUAGCAUAAAUUAUAAUAAUAACAUUUUCCAAAAAGACAAUUCCAUGUUCAAGAAUAACAACCAUUUAACCUAUAAGUGAAUACCAAAAGUUCACUUAUGUAAAAUAUUUUUUAAAUUUAUUUUAAGUUAAAAAUUUGGUAUUUCAGUUGAAAAAAAAAUUAAAAUUUUAAUUAUUUGUGAUAUUUGUUUUAAAGUGCAUUAUAAAUUAAGUAAGUGUAGCUUUAAGCUGUUGAAUUUGUUUAGAUUUUAAUUUUAAAUUAUGUUUAAAUUUAUUUGUUUUAUUUUAUAAAAUUUAUAAUGCAAAACAUCAUUUCUACAUACUUUCGUAUACAUUCAACAUGCAACUAAUUGAAAAGUUCAAGUUCAACAAAAAUAUUUUAAAUUAGUCAUAUUCCUAAAGCAGAAUUAAUUUUUUAAAAUAAUGCACAUUACACACACACACACCCACUCACCUCAGAUUUUUUCCGGUUUCCUGCAAUUAAAAAUAAUUAAUAUUAUUAAAAAGUGUUUUUAUGUAAAAAUCAAGCUGUUGUAAAGAAGAAAUUUAUUAAUUUUAAAAUUUUAUGCCAAAAUUAAAAGUAUUUUAUUUCGUUUUCGUUAAUGGAAUAUAUAAUGUUCAUCUUAAUAAAAAAUUUGUUAAAUUAUUUGUAUUCUAAAUUAAUAAUUUAAAUGUAAUAAAUAUUAAUUCAUAUACCAAAUAAUGGUAAUUCUUCAAAAUUAUUAAAACCGAAUUUCAAAACUGAGAAAAGUCAUUUACACUUUAUCAAAUGGACCUAACCUCAAAAAUGGAAUCUCAAACAUAUAGUCGCCCACUAUAAUUUCUUACUAACAUAUGUUAUGCAUAUUUUCUCCUCUCUAAUGGAAAGAGUACAGGAAACAUAUAGUUUCUUUCUAUCUACUAAAUCAGAACAAUAACAGAUACUUAACUAUCCUAAUGCAUGUCAGGCUUGAAUUAGUUCAAAGUUCAUGAACUUUUCCUAGCACACGUGUUUUAGAUUUGAUUAUAGUGUCUCACGCAAUAAUUUUAGUUCCUUUUAGAUAAAAUUCUUUAACUUGUUGAUGCAUUAUAGGGAGAAAGAGGUGGGAUUUAUAUUAGAACGCAUAUUAUAUCUUGAUUGUCUGAUUACAUAUAAACUGACAGUCUAGCACUAUCGCACAUUUAACAGUAAAAUAUAAUUGAUUUCAGUGAGAAACCGAGCUUCGGUGUUGCUCGUAUCUCUAUUUUUGGCUCCACUUAUCCGUGUAUCUUUUGGAUAGGAAUUACUUGAUAUUUUAUAUGUCAAGGCUUGGUUCUUUUAUACUCUCUCAAGUUUACUAUAUUCUCUUUAGUAUACUCUGAUCUAUUUACGUCAUGUUCCACUGAAUAGUUUUUCUUCCCAAGAUUCCAAAUCUCUUCUGUAACACAUGGUUCUUCCUAGGUGGAUUUCCGCUCUCUUAAGAGACUGCUGACCCAAACGAUUCAAAAAAGACAUUUGUGAAAAUUUCUACUUUAGCUUCUAAUAUCUCUCUGCCUUUAAAGGUUCCUUAAUAAGGUCCCGAACAUUGUUCAGGCUUAUAACGCCUCGACCAAGGCCGAAUCCAUCUAAACAUAUAAUUAUGUCUAAUAUUUUCUGAUUCUCUAAUUUUACAUUGAAAAACGCCCUUUAGCUACUUAAAGCUCCUUAGUAAAGCCCCGAACAUUAAAAAGUUAGUCCUAGGCCCAUAAUCUCAACUUCGGUUAUCGUUUAACAGGUAGAUAUUUUGCUGAUUAAAAUAAUAUUUGAAUAAAAACUGUCAAUAUAUAGUUACGAUAAAAAAAUAACAAGAUAUUAAGAAAAUGAGGGUUAGAUCUAUAUCAAAAUGUUAUCCGAAGUAUUUUAAGCCCUAGGUAACCAUGAUCAGUCCUGAAUAUCGUUUAUAAAAUUCAGUGAAGAUUCUUUUAUCUAUUCUCUUAUUCUGCUAACAAAUUUUAAAUGAUCAUGUAUUAAGUAGCAUUAAACAAUUUUCUUAAUUUUGGUCUAGGAAUAUCGAACCAUAUACACAUGUCCAUGCCUGGUCCAUUUUAAGCAUUCAUACAAAAGUUUAGCUAUAAAAAACAGCUUUCAAAAAAGUUUACAAAAAAGCUUUAUAUUAUUCACUGUAUUAUAUCAAAAACACAAUGUUAACGAUACGAUUUUUUUAUAAUUAAAUAAGAACAGAUUUUAAGUAAUUAUUUUAAAAUAAAUUUCAACAAAACAAUCUGCAUUUUUUAAUACACUUCGUAUAUGUAAUUUAAAUAUUAAUUAAUAUUUAUUCUCGUGUUAGGAGAUUUUAACUAGCUUGGCAUUUAUUUAAA